UUGUUGUGUCCUACUUGAUGUUAUUGGGAAAAGCACCGUGGCUAAAAACUUCGGGAAAAUGGAAAAAGUAACAGCCGUUAAGACUUUAUCCGAGCAUCCGCUGCCGAGAUAAGGAGCAACAGCGAUUGAUGUGCAUGUUUUCUUCCUGGAGUGUCUUCCAAACUGACAAUGGUGUCGAAUGAGGAAAAAACGCAGAUUUUCUCGCAUUUCCAUUGAAAGUAAAUUUACUCAUGGAGAAAGGAGCAAGUCGGGAGUCAUGAGCACAGGUGUGAAGAAGCCUCCAUUAGCUCCCAAACCUAAACUCCCUGCUACCACCAAACCCUCUCCCCCACCCAUCGCCCCCAAACCAGGUCUUCUCUCCCAGUCUUCAAUCGUCUCCCAACCUUCCCCUGCUACUCUCAAGAGGACAAAACCGGCUGUUGCCCCCAAACCAUGCAUUCCCAAAUCCCCAGCCUUGUCUUCCCCUGUUUCACCCCCACCACCUAAACCCAGUGAACCCUUUAUCUUAUCUCAGGAGGAGCAGGAAUCUUUUGGCAAUAAACUCUCACUUCUCAACUCUAGAAAUGGGAUUUUAUCAGAGACAAACAAACGCGACUCGGAUUACAUCAUUCCCACCUGCUCCUGUGGGCUCCAGGUCUGUUCCCAGUGCCAGUGUCUGGAAAACGGAAAUACAACUGAGGUUGGGAGUGAUUUGCACCAAGAGCUGUUGCAGAAUGGGAUUACAACAGAAGGGUUCACAGGGACGAGGCAACAGGAGAAAGUAGAAAACCGGGAGGAGGGAGUAGCUGUCGAAAAGGCUGAAGGUGGAGGGAUUAGCAAGAAGCCCAGGGAUAAACCUCAAAGACAGAGACACCUGGACAGGGUUAACAAAGAGGCUCAGAGGACCGAGGAGCAGAACGCUUCAGAGACUGUAAAACAUCAGGAAAGUGCUGUUGCUGAGCCUGAUGUUUCAAAAGCAGAUGUACAGACUGAGACCAAAAACACAGAUUUAACAGACUCAGCCUGUGAUGUUGCAGGCAGCAUCAUUGUUUCCCAAAGUGCAAUUCCUCAUAAAUCUUCUGCAGAAUCCUUUCAGGGAGAAUGCAGUGAGCCUACGAGCAAAGCAUCUUCUACCAGGUUACACCCUGAUGCGCAGGUUCCUGCUGCCCCCAGUAAGCCUCUCCCGGUCCCUCACCCACGCAAACCUAGAAAGCCAGCCCUAGUGAGGCAGGAUGGCCUGGAGGGCAGUGGCCAGGAUCAGGUGGUGGACGAACAGAAGCAGGGGCUUGAGAUGCGAGACGAUGAGGGGAAACUGACUCUAGCUGGUCUGUGUCUCAGUUCAGAGGAUGAGGAGCUCAAACAGGACACAUGUGACAACCUUUUACCCCAACAAGACUCAGGGAUUGGAGAUGAAGAGACCAACGCACCCGUCCCCCCUCCUCGACAGACCUCACUCUCGCCACGCCUUUACAGAACAGUCCACAUGCCACCCUCUCUUAACAAAAACACCUCCCACUCCUUAGUCCUGCUCUCACAUGCUGACUCACUGAGCCACAAAAAAGGGGGCGAGGAGCACCGGUUGGAGGAGGAUGAAGAGGACGGGUACGGCGACUUUGAGCGGUACCCGAUCACUCACAGCCUCCCCAAACAGAUCAAACUUGGCUGUCACCCUCCUCUGGCUAAUGUGAGGAAAGCCUUUUCCGCCGACGAUCAGCAGUCGCCAAGGGCGCCACCCAGAAAACCUCAAAGACACAGCCUGCCAGCAGCCCCUCCACCCUCCAUCUGCCCUCCUGCACCUCCACAUGCUAACACCCCGAUGAGGGAGCUGCCUGCGCCUCCUCAGGAGAAAACAGCUUGGCGCUUCUCCCGACCCUGCGUGACCUUCUUCAGCCGGCAAAUGCCGUCCAGGAGCAGCGUGCCGCCAAAGAGCCGAGCUCCAGCGCUGGGGGGCAAGCAGAGGGCACAGUCCUUCUCUGCAGCUGACCUGGCAACCCGGGCCGACUCUCAAAAGAGGAGCCUCUCUUUCCGGAAGCUGCUGGAGCUCCGGCUGUCUGUCAAGAUGCUGCCAAAGCUGCUGGCCAAGGGAGGGCAGUCUCUGGACUGUACCAGUGUGGACUCAAGCCAGGGGGAGAAAAGCCUGGAGCGGCCCAAUAGCUGCAUAGUGGAGGCUGAUAAUUGCGGAGAAAAUGGAGAGGGAUCGGUGGAGUAUGAGAACGUUCCUCUGUAUGAGGAGAUCCCCGAGUACAUGAACCUGCCGUUUCACAGUGCGAGGCUGGGCUGGCCACAUGACUCCGACGGCGCAGACUCAGACAUCUAUGAAGUGCAGGAUCCCUACCACAGCUACCACGAACAUGAGUACGAGAGUGGCUGGCUGGGGCAGGACGUCCACUCUGAGGAGGAGGAGAUCCACAGUUCAGAUGAAGAGGACCACAGCUCCACCUCCAGCAAGGAGCACCUGGACGUAGCAGACCGACAGCAAGAAGAUGAGAUGAAAAGAAAGAAAGUGGUGCACAUUGCCCAGGAGAUUAUGAGCUCUGAGAAAGUGUUUGUGGAUGUCCUGAAGCUUCUUCACAUAGACUUUCGGGAUGCUGUUGCCAAGGCAACCCGUCAGAAUGGGAAGCCUGUGGUGGAGGAGCGAAUCCUCAGCCAGAUCCUGUAUUACCUGCCACAACUCUAUCAACUCAACAGAGACCUGCUGAGGGAGCUGGAGGAGAGAGUGGCACACUGGAGCGACCACCAGAGACUAGCGGACAUCUUUGUCCAGAAGGGUCCUUACCUGAAGAUGUACUCCACCUAUAUCCGGCAGUUUGACAACAACGUGGCUCUGUUAGACGAACAGUGCAGGAAAAACACCGCAUUUGCCGCUGUUGUCAGGGAGUUUGAGACGAGUCCAAGAUGUGCCAGUCUGGCUCUGAAACACUACCUGCUGAAGCCUGUGCAGAGGAUCCCUCAGUACCAGCUGCUGCUCACAGAUUAUCUGAAGAACCUCCCAGAGGACUCUGAGGAUUAUAAAGACACACAAGCUGCCCUCAGCAUAGUGAAAGAAGUGGCCAACCAUGCAAAUGAUAUUAUGAAACAAGGGGAUAACUUUCAGAAGCUGAUGCAGAUUCAGUACAGUCUCAAUGGUCACCAUGAGAUCGUUCAGCCGGGCAGGGUGUUUCUGAAGGAGGGCACUCUAAUGAAGCUGUCCAGGAAAGUCAUGCAGCCACGAGUGUUCUUUCUGUUUAAUGAUGCACUCAUGUACACCACUCCGGUCCAGUCUGGCCAGUAUAAACUCAACAGUGUCCUCUCUCUGGCUGGGAUGAAGGUGAGUAAACCCAGCCAGGAGGCCUAUCAGAAUGAGCUGAACAUUGAAAGUGUUGAACGCUCUUUCAUCCUGUCUGCCAGCUCAGCUACAGAGAGAGACGAGUGGCUGGAGGCCAUCGCUAAGGCCAUAGACGACUACACGAAGAAGAAAAUAACCUUCAUAUCAAGUCGAAGUCAGGAGGAGGCAGAGUGUGUUGUGGACACCGGGGCCCCAUUAGGCUCAAAGGCUCCCAUCUGGAUCCCAGACCUGAGGGCCACCAUGUGUAUGAUCUGCACCUGCGAGUUCACCCUCACCUGGAGGAGGCAUCACUGUCGCGCCUGUGGCCGGGUGGUGUGCCAGGCCUGCUCUGCCAAUAAGUACUACCUAGAGUACUUGAAGAACCAGCCGGCACGUGUGUGUGAUCACUGCUUUGUCAAGCUGCAGGAGAAUAGUGACCGCUGUGCCUCAACAUCAGUUUCUCCUAUCAAAUCUGGAGCUUUCUCCUUCACUAGAAAACAGAAGAAGAUUCCUGCUGCACUAAAAGAGGUGUCCGCCAACACUGAGAACUCCUCCAUGAGCGGUUACUUAAACAGGUCGAAAGGCAACAAAAAGCAGUGGAAGAGGCUGUGGUUCGUCAUCAAGAAUAAAGUCCUGUACACCUACGCUGCCAGCGAGGAUGUUGCAGCUUUGGAGAGUCAGCCGUUGCUCGGUUUCUUCCUGAGGGAGGAGAAGAACGGCCCGGCUCAGAAGCUGCAGUUUAAGCUGUAUCACAAAAAUACGCUGUUUUACAUCUUUAAAGCUGACGACAUCCCCACCGCACAAAGAUGGAUUGAAGCCUUCCAAGAGGCAAUGAUUCUUGAACAGUGAUUUGGUUUUACAGCAGCGGAGUCGCAUCACAGCCCCGGAGCCAGUAGAUAGACAACGUACGACCCCUGAUUGAUCUUAGGUCAGGGGUCACCAGCUCAGGAAGGAGUCCCGAUGGACCGUUCAACAGAAACCCACUGCAGAACGCCACAUUCACUGCACGUGGGAAACCGGACUGCUUUUCCCUCAAAGAACUGGGUUCUUUUUCUCUCAACAUAUUUUCUACCAACAACAGCUAACGUUGCUGAUGCUCAGCCGAGGUCAGAGUUAAUCGUUUGUCACAGCUGUGGGUCAAAGGUCAAGUCCAGGAGUGUGUGUGUGUGCGUGCGUGUGUGUGGAAGGGAGACAGAACAGUUGUCAGGAAUAUUUAAAGCCCUCGGAAAUCCUAGGAAGUCUGGGAAUUAUUUUACCGUAAAUGGAUGAAGGAGCUACUUUUUGUGUGAGACAAAAUAUACACAACAGCCCGCCUUCUCAGUAGUUUAAUAAAACCUACCGUGUCAUUUGGUCAAAGCAAAAUCUAAACGUAGAAUUGGAAAAAAAAAUCUGUAUCAUGGAUGCAAAGUCUCAUUGAUGUGUGUUUAAGGGUUUAAUGUUGUAACAAGGUGGGAUUUUACUGUGAAAAUCCAGCUUCUACAAAGAAACAGGAAGUUGAUAGUCUGCUCUCUAGGUUGAUCUCUCUGGUCUCUGGCUACACCUGUAUUUUUAAAUUUUACAUACGAAACAUUUAAGUGAUGGGUUAAAGAAACAGCAUCCUGGAAAAAAAACUGGAAAUGUCAUGAAUAAUGUAGAUAUUUUUUUAUACAAUUAAAAUAUUUUUUUUGCCUGUUCAGCCACAUUAGAUAUGGUUAACGGGUAAAACGGUGUAUAGACAUAAAAGAGCAACAUUUACCUUUUUUUUUUAUAUCAAAGCCAAAAGCUAAUAUUUAUAAAAUAGGAAAAUGUAUUUUUUGUUUGUAAAGCACAGGCUGGAGGUCAGGGUUUGUUAGGAAAUAUGUUUCCAACAAUUAUCCUUUUAAAUUAAAAAG